CGUGACGAGCGAAAGCAUUAAACACUGCAGGCUACCCCACAGCCCCAAUAUUGCACAUGUAAGGCCAUUUGAAUUAGUACAAGUUUUCUCUUAAACCGAAUCAGCUAAUCAUUGGAAUGAGAAUUACAGACGAACCUGCACAACACUACGCCACAGAACACGCUUUCAUGUUAAUUUCGUACUUUAAUUCUUCACGUUUUGUUUAGUUCUAACCAAGGUUAACUAUCUGCGACAGUAAAACACCAAAGGGUCGCCAAUAUGACUUCCUUGGUAUGGGUGAGAUGAGGAUCUCUUCCCCCGCCUAUAAUGCUUUAAUAUUGCAUGGUUUUAGAUGGUAACAUUGCAUCGAUUCGUAAUUGACCAUUUUCCGGUGGUAACGUGACUAAUGACGCAAUCACGUGACCAGGUCAAGCUUACGUACAAAAUGGCGUCUGUCAAGCAUCGUUGUAGAUACUGAUCACGUUUGUUGUAACAUUUAUUCGCAGUUUAUCGAAUUUAGUGAAUGAAAUACUUGUUCUAAAUAGUUCUUGUAUAUAAUUUGUCCCUUUAGUGUAUAUAAUAUUUCUCUGAGGCUGCAUAUUUCGGCUGAGAUAGAAUGCAGAUCUGGUAGUGGGCACGUCUCCGAUGACAGGUCCAUGUCAUAAUACGCAGUUUAUAUAAGUUAUGAUUAAUUACCAUGGAGAAAUUGAAAGUCCCAGAACUUAAAGAUUAUUUGAAAAAGUACGGAAUAACAACUACAGGUAACAGAAAAGACGUUCUCAUAGCUUUAGCCAAUGCAGUUGUCAAACUUGAAUUGGAGCCUGAUCCCGAUUUUCAACAUGACUGUCGACCAGAAACGUUUAUGAAGCAGUGUCUCACGGACUUACACUGUGAUUUUGAUGAUCCAUUUGCUCUUACUUAUACAUCUGACUUCAGCCUCAUCCCAGACUUUGGCUUGUAUGAUAUCUUCAACUACCUGUUAUUUCAUAGAUCUGAUUAUGAUAGGAGGAAAUUGAAGGCUUUCAAGUCUUUUGAGGACUAUCGUUUGUUUUAUGAUGGUCAUGUGUUAGACCUCCAAUAUUGUGACAUUAGUGCUGCCAGUAACCUUUGUGCAUUCAAGUCAAAGGUGAAACCAACACAGAAGGAUUCUUCCUAUCUUGGAAAGCCAACAUAUGAUAUGUGGUUCCUCAUGGAAAAAUCAACAGCAGGGAUCAAACUGGCAUUUUGUGAAUGUCCUGGCGGUGCUGAUGGGGCUUGUCGACACAUAGCAGCAAGCCUGUAUGCGCUUGAGGAUUUUGAAAAGCCAUCCGUGACAUCUGGUCCCUGUCUGUGGAAGAGGAGAGCCUUGAGCCAGACUGAAGCUGUGCCUAUAAAGAAGCUUAGGAUUGAAACUGUUGGUUAUGGUAAGGAGAAACAAGAAGUGGGAGAGGUGGAGUUCGACCCCAGACACCCUGAAGACAGACAGAGUUUGUCACAGGAGGCAGCAAAACAGUUUAUUGAUGAAUUGACAGAGGUGAAUAUUAUUAAAUGAGAUCUAGUAAACUGAAAGCAAUGAUG